AUGGAGAACAUGCUUCAAGGCUCUGCUUUCAUAACGGGAGCUGGAUCCGGAAUUGGUCAGUGCACGGCUCUCGCCUUUGCCAAAAAUGGCGUUCGCCAGCUAGCUCUAUGCGACAUUCAAGCAGCGGCACUUGAAAACACCAGCGCGGAAUUGAAAAGUCUAUACCCAGAGAUUGAGCUUCUCCUGAUUGAAAUGGAUACCAGCGACGAGAGUGCCGUGGGUUCCGCGGUAACACAGACAGUGGCUGCCUUUGGUCGUAUUGACAUUGCAUUCAACAAUGCGGGCAUUGGAGGUCCUCGUACGCAGACGCAUGAGACCAGUCUGGACGAGUGGCAGCGUGUGAUGGAUGUCAAUCUCAAAGGAGUCUGGCUUUGCCAUCGGGCUCAAAUUCGACAGAUGCUAACACAAGAGCCUCGCGAUCCGGGCGUGAGAGGUUCGAGAGGCGUGAUUGUCAACAUGGCUUCGGUUCUUGGAGUUGUGGCAUCUCCGCGUGAGACGCCGGCGUGUCCUUAUGCAGCUUCGAAGCAUGCCGUAGUGGGAUUCUCGAAGAAUGAUGGAUGCUUAUAUGCUCCUCAGAAGGUGCGGAUUAACGCCAUAUGUCCUGGAUAUGUGGCUACACCGCUGUUGAGGGGAUACAUUGUGAGACAUUAUCGAUUGGUUGGUAAUAGACCCUUGCUGAUUUGUUCUUAUAGAACUCGCAAUAUGCCGGUGCAGAUGUCAUGCGUCAAAUGA